GGGUGUGGUCAGGGUGGGAAUUGCCGGUCCCGCCCCCUGGGGGAGUCACGUAGCUCUGCGGCAUCCUCAGCCUUAUUUACCAGAGCCAGGUCUGGACCUGCAGCUGUGGAAGACUAGACCUGACCAUUCCUGUGGCUGUCACCGCUUACUCGCUGCGCACAGAGAACCAUUGCCAUGGCCCACUCGUACCCAGCGCUUUCUCCUGAGCAGAAGAAGGAGUUGUCUGACAUUACCCUUCGCAUUGUGGCUCCAGGCAAAGGCAUCCUAGCUGCGGAUGAGUCUGUAGGUAGCAUGGCCAAGCGGCUGAGCCAAAUUGGGGUAGAAAACACAGAGGAGAACCGCCGGCUGUACCGCCAGGUCCUGUUCAGUGCUGAUAACCGAGUGAAGAAGUGCAUUGGAGGUGUCAUCUUCUUCCACGAGACUCUCUACCAGAAAAAUGAUAAUGGCGUCCCCUUUGUCCGUACGAUCCAGGAGAAGGGUAUUGUCGUGGGCAUCAAGGUUGACAAGGGUGUGGUACCUCUAGCUGGGACUGAUGGAGAAACCACCACUCAAGGGUUGGAUGGGCUCUCAGAACGCUGUGCCCAGUACAAGAAGGAUGGUGCCGACUUCGCCAAGUGGCGCUGUGUACUGAAAAUCAGCGAGCGCACGCCCUCAGCACUUGCCAUUCUGGAAAAUGCCAACGUGCUGGCCCGCUAUGCCAGCAUCUGCCAGCAGAAUGGUAUUGUACCUAUUGUGGAACCUGAAAUCUUGCCUGAUGGAGACCAUGACCUCAAACGCUGCCAGUAUGUUACAGAGAAGGUCCUGGCUGCUGUGUACAAAGCCCUGAGUGAUCAUCAUGUUUACCUGGAGGGAACCCUGCUGAAGCCCAAUAUGGUGACCCCUGGCCAUGCCUGUCCCAUCAAGUAUAGCCCAGAGGAGAUUGCCAUGGCAACUGUCACUGCCCUGCGCCGUACUGUGCCCCCAGCUGUUCCAGGUGUGACUUUCCUGUCUGGGGGUCAGAGUGAAGAGGAGGCAUCGCUCAACCUUAAUGCCAUCAACCGCUGUCCCCUUCCCCGGCCCUGGGCUCUCACCUUCUCCUAUGGGCGUGCCCUACAAGCCUCUGCACUCAAUGCCUGGCGAGGACAGCAGGACAAUGCUGGGGCUGCCACUGAAGAAUUCAUCAAGCGGGCUGAGGUGAACGGGCUUGCAGCCCAGGGGAAGUAUGAAGGCAGUGAAGAUGGAGGAGCGGCAGCACAGUCCCUCUACGUUGCCAACCAUGCUUACUGAGCACCCACUCUACACCAUGGCCCUUGAUCUGGCCACCUGUACCCAAUUUUGCCUGUAGUUAUAGCUCAGGCCAAAUGGCCAUCUAGAGCAGAGGGCCUCAAUUCAGAGCUGAGUUUUCUUCCUUUUCACUCCUUCCUUCCCUUCUACCAUUGCUGGAUCUGAGACCAUAAGAUGGGAAGAUAAGGAGCACCUGAUGACCGAGGGCAGGAGGACUUGCUAGGAGUCAGAGCAGGAUGUCUGGGUUUUCUUGUGCCCCUGUACCAUUUGUAAUUUCCUCACGAUGGGUAGCUUCUCCUUGGACUCUGCUUCUUGCCUGUCCUCUCUUCUGGCACCAGAGGGCAGGACAUCAGCCCUUAUUCAUACCCUGAUUACAUACCAUAGAGCAAAAUAAAUGGUAGCAAACAUGCUA